AUGGCGGACCAUAAUCCUCCAUGGCAUGGCCGAGUGGCCCAAAAUUCCUCCCCCGCUGCGAAUAGUCCACUCUCGCCUGCCGGCACUGGCAGCGCAACUCCCUCCUUCGAGCGCAACGUCAAUCGUCAGAAGACCCAGCGUUGGGUCCAAGCGAAGCAAUAUUCCUACGACGGUGGUGACUGGGGCGACGAUGACGAUGAUGAGGACGAAGACGAGCCGUCGACGGCGCAUGCGCCUCCCUAUCUCACACACAGAACGGCCAGCACACCUGAACUGAGCUCGGGGCGUCUACCUGGGUCUGCCCCGGGUCGGGAUGAAUCUCGCGCAAGCCCUCCUAACGAUGCAAGUAGACAGCUUCCGACCGUCGGCGAGCAGAAGCCUCUGCCUUUCAUCCGCCCUGUCGACAUCUACAAGCGCAUGCGUGACGAGCGAACCCCCUCGACUGAAGACGUCGGCCGCAGUCGUUCUGAAGAGCCUCCAAGCUUUGCUCAACCGGGUAUGAACAUGGACGAGACGGGUGCAAUCAGUGGCAGCGAUAGACCCUCGGCCGAUGAACACAACGUCCCGCAACAGACGCAAACAGCCCCCUCUAUCGCACUCCCAGAAAUGAAAAGACUGUCAGGCUUUGGUACCGACUUCCUCGGUGCAAAUGAAAUGACCGUCUCACCGACGACGGGCAACACUUCUGCGGAUGUUUCACUACACCACAAUCCUUCGCAAGCCUCGCAGGACUCUCAGGCGUCCCUGGGAUUUACAUCGAUCGUGCAUCAAGCUUUUGAUGUGCCGGAAACCCCUGGUUCCACGACCGGCAGUCUGGUGCGAUCUGACAGCGACGGGACUUCACUCAUCAGCCCCAUAAUCAGUCACCACGCCAGCAAGAGUGAGAGAACGCCGACAAUACACGAGGAGCCUUCGGAGUUCAACACUCCGACUCACGAGGUUUCAGGAGGCGCCGGUGAGGCGCCACUUUUCAAACCCGGUCAUCGACGGGAUCUCAGCCUUCCCGAUCGGUCCGACAGCCCUUCUCGACAGCCUGUCAUCACGGACAAUCAAUCACCACCUGCUGGUCAAGCUGAAGUAUCGUCUGUCAAUGACCAGGUCCAUCCGGAGGGACCGGGUUUUGCUCCCGCCGCGGCCCCCGCCGCUGGAGAUUUCGUUGCUCCCCUCAAUCUUGGGAGCAAUGGCACUCCUGCGAGCGAAGGCUACAGAGGCGAAAUCCCGACCAUCGCUUCGGUCAGCUCUGAAGCCUCGCCGCAAGACACUGACAAUGAUCGACUGCGAGAGGAGAUCAUGCGAUCUCUGAGUCGGGAAGGCUCCCACGAACCGGAUCCUCAGCCAACCCCAAUGCUAGAGGGGAGCAUUCCACCAUCUUCGGGCGGCCAGUGGAACGGUCCAGGGGCCUCGAAUCCCAACGAAGGUUCGAGGCAAACACAAACUGAAUCACACCCAAACUGGGAGAGCGCAGAGGCCUUGGCUGCUCAAAACUCCUCAUCGUCCAUACUACCAAGCACCGUGACCAACUCAGCCCGGGCGGAGCCUCAGAGACCCAAGUUAGGACGCCGUUUUUCGUGGGAGUCCGGCUCGUCGGACGAGGAGGCUGCUGUCCCUGACACCGUAAUCCCCUCCUCAGGCUCAAACGUGGCUGCACACCAACCGGAACCUCUUGUGAAACAGGCUCAGGAGCCACCUUUGUCUGCUCACGAUGUCCCUGAGGAACAUUCGCACGAACCUAGACCUCGACUUUCGAUCGUGCCUCCAAUUCCAGAAAAUUUCGAUCCCCCGCGGCAAGUCGAGGAUUCUGUUGCAGAUCAGUCCGCCGACGGGCAAAUGCCCCGACCGGCUGAACCUUUCAAGGUUGACGAAAGCAAGUUGCAGGGCUUCCGGGAUAUACUCAAUAAAACGUCCCCCCCAGAACGUGUCCGCGCUUUCAACCAAACACGCGAUCAGUUCGCGACUAUCGAUACAGGUCUCACGGCAUGGCUUGAGUUUACAGUGCAGGCUCACCCAGAACAUGCAGAUCUUGUUUAUUCUAGUCAGACACUGUCGUCUGGGCUCCCGAGAAGCUCUCCUACCACUCGGAAAUUCCCCAAGCUGGCAUCCUUGAGCAACUUGACCUCCAAGGACGAGGGGCCCCCUCAUGGUCCGGGCCACGUCCGGCGUCCGUCGGGUCACAUUGGCACUAUCGUCAGCCGACAAAAUGUUGAGCAGCGCGGCAAAGACUUCCUGCACACUGCCGGUGCAUUCAGUGGCAAGGCCGGUGAGGCUGCUAAAGGCUUUUUCGCGAAGGGUAGAAGCAAGUUUCGGCCGAGUGGAGACAAGGUUGAUCAAUCGACUCGUUCUUCACGCAAAAGCUUGCUGUUCCAGCUCUCAUCUCCGUCGGAGUCGCCUCCAGAUGGGAAGCAGGACUCUGCCCAUGGUAGAUCAUCCCUGCGAAAUUCUGUGGACUUUGGAAGCUUGCCUUUCUUCAAGUCCGGCCAGAACCGCAGUAUUACUGCUGCCAAAGCGACUGCAAUGAAUCCUGCCCCGUCAAUAAACGAUUGGGACUCCCCCAGUAACGAACCUACAGCGGAUCCGCCUGCUGGAACGAACGGCUCCACAGACACGGCGGGAUAUAACAAGAUACCAGCACGUCCUCGGAGUGAAAGCUUCGGUCGUCGCAAAAGUGACGGAGCCGUGCCCAUGCGAUCAGAACCUGCUAUUGACUUGGAGCAGCAGAUGAUUACGGCUCUCCAGUUAUCGCCUAUUGAUAGUCCAUCGCACCGAUCGAUAGCUGUCGACCCCCUUUUUGGACCAAAUGCAGCACCAGACCAUUCACCUGUUCAUGCAAGUGGAUGCCGGAAAGAUGAAGUGCCAAGAUCACCAAACCACUGUUCCAUUUGUAUUCCCUCCAUUCAUUCAUCAGCUGAGCAGGGCAUUGUGCAAAAUGCUAUUUCCAACGACAUCGAAACUGGAAGCUCAUCUGCGAACGUUUCGGAUGCCAGGCAAAACCCACCACUGCCUCUCCGAAGUCAAUCUGGUGAGGAAGAAGCAUUCUCUCAUAAUCUCAUCCCCCAACCAUCAAACUUGCACCAGCGAAUUUCGUCUGUAUCCACUCUUGGAUUGGAUGAGCGCCUGGUUGAUCACUCUCCGGAAGGUGAAAUGGGAUCGCCUCCCUCGCCAUUACAUCCAUCAGAGAUCAACGAGAAAGAACGAGAAUCAUAUGUCACCACGCACGAUCAAUCUGGUUCAGAGGCUCCGGAACCCGGGGUUGCGCUCCCAUUCGCUCAUAGAACUCCGGGGAUAAUUGCUCAACCACCCAGCUCCGCAGAGAUUCUUGUCUCGAAGCGCAUGUCGCUCGGCGGCUUACCCCCAUCUGCCCCAGACGUCCAAAGCCCUCUGCGGAACGAAGUGGUAUAUACGCCUGGGACACGCAGCAGUAUGCUCAGCUUUGGUAGCUUUGGUCAACAUAGCGAUCGCGACAGAGCCACGCGCCCCAGUACUCCUGCCAAUGACUUGUCACGACCUUCUGAUUCUGCGGAGUCAAAGCUAGGCAAGCUGAAGGAGUUUGGGCGCCGCCGCCGGGCGUCGGUGGGUAAUGCACUUGCUGGAUUUCAAGAGAGUGUAUCAAAGGAGAUUCAAGUUCUUCAAUCCCGAAACUCUCAGGGCGAGGUUGAGCACGCAGGGACUGGCGGGAAGAAGAAACGAGCCAUGAACCGGAUCAGCGGCCUUUUCCAACGACAUCAAGCUGCACAGACAACGCGAAGCAGCUCCCACGUACCUUCUGCGGAUGCUCAGUCUUCAACUGAACGCUUUGGCGGCUCGAAUGCCGAGGAACAUCUACCAGCCCGCCCUGGUCGUCCUAUCCCAGACUCUAGCAAAGGAGAGCUUCCCGAGAUACCCCUGUCUAGCUCGGGGGCAUCGCCAGAUCAUUCGCUACGUGCAGCUAGCCCAACUCCUAAGCAGACAAAACCCUUCAGAGAUCCUUCUCCGAGUGGGCGAUUCUACUCCUCAAUCCAGUCACCAAGUAUUCAGACACCGGCUCAGCAUUUUCACGGCAGUAGCAACACCCACCCGGUCCGGCCACUUCGUUCUCUUCCUUCCGCGACACUCAACCAGGGCAAAUACAGCCCAUCAAAGCAGAUCUCCUCCGAUGGAAAUUUGCCAUCGGAGCAAGAUUCUUUCAAGGAUCACAAUGCCGAGCAGACCAAGCCCCCUUUGCCACCCAAGUCCUUUGAAACCCCUCAGGAUCCAGGGACGGAGUCAUCGGUAGGUACUGAUGGCAAGGAGUUGCCCCCUGUCCCUGCUUCUUCGAGUGGCUCUCACUGGGCGAGUGCUCGAUUGGUCAAUCAGACCCCAGAGCCUGUCGAGCUCCGUGUCACGCGAGAUGAUUCUAGCGAGGAAAUUCACAUGUCUUCCACAUCAUACCCCGGACAGGAAUGGAAGCCGGAUAGUUACUUUUAG